CCUUCGCUCCCUCUCUGUGUUGCUGCUCUCUCUCACUCAUUCACACACUCUCUCUUUCACACACACACACACACACACACACACACACCUUCUCCACCACUCGUCACUCCUGGCAGAGGGAAAGACAGGACCACCGUUGUGUACCUUUACUACCAGAUACAUACCUGGUCAUGGAUUUGCCCAUGAUGCGCAUGCUAUUCUCGGGGGUCAUCUUUGGAUUACUGACCUUAACCAGUUCAGAACUGCACCAAGUGAACUCUCGGAGCUGUAGUUAUGUGGGGGUAUUUCUGGUCGAAGGAGCCAAUCGUCACUACCUGAACCUGUCUAUGGCUGCUGAGGUGUGCAAUCAGCUUGACACCACUUUAGCUAGUUUUGAACAAGUUGAGAAUGCGUAUAACCAAGACAUGGAAACGUGCAGAAAUGGCUGGCUGAGUAACGGGACAGUCGCCAUCCUCAGGCACACGCAGCAUGAGAACUGUGCAAAGAACACAACUGGGCUCAUUGUAUAUGCACAUUUCACAGUUGAUGAACGUUUUGAUGCCUACUGCUUUGAUGAUCAAGUUGGACCGGAGAAGAAUUGUGAGGAUGCCUUCGAUUUAACUGGGGGUAUUGAUGCAUCAGCGGAACCGCUGCAGUCCAGUACUGAGGCCUCUGACAGUGGGGAAGUUAACUUCACUCUAGUUCCUGAGCAAUACAGCCAUGGGAAAGAAAAUGGAACAAUAGAUGACGUCUCAAUGGCUCCUACAUAUGGAGGCGGAGAAAACAGUAACAGCGGGACGGAUUUUACCAUCGGAGACUUGGACCAGCCCAUUGGAUCUGGGAUGCAGCCGACCCUAUCAGAGAAGGAAACAUUUACUCCAACAGCGUCCGUUGGAGAGCCUGGAGAAACACAACCUGUUGGUGGAAAUGGGCGAGAAAACGAGAAAACACAAGAUGACGGAUCUUCACCACAUUCUAAUGGCAAAGGAAGAGUCCUUGCUCCUGGGUCAGAGCCCAACUCAGAGGAAGGCCAGGGUUCAACGGACUGGGUGGUCAUCACUGUGGUUAUCAUAGCAGUUGUUGCUAUUCUUGCUGUUUGUGUGCUUUUUGCCAAAUGGAAAAGUCUCUGCGGCAGACAGCAGACGUUGAUGAUCACGGUCAAAGAUUCAGGUGAAGGCAAUGGGACAGCAGCGUCAGCAUCGAGCCCCCACUCACAGGAAAGGGAGCAGGAGAUGGUAACUCUCAUGCACAAGGAGAAGAUCCAGGAAAACGGUAAAACAGAGGAGUUCACUGUCAUCACACUGGAGGAAUCACCCGAUAAAGAACAACAGGUGUGAGGUGGAGGUUAGAGUGGUCGGGGGUUAGGAAGGUCGGGGGAGCAAAAGAUGAAAGUGGGAUGGAGCACUGAGCACUGGGUGAUAAACUCUGCCUUGAUGAUCAGCACUGAAUGAGAUCUGUGCAUCUAUGUCUGUGUGUAUGUGUGUGUGUGUUUGCAGCAUAUUGUUUGUAUUCUGUGCCAGAUGGUGACUCUCAUCUGGUGACCUGCAGUUAGCGGACAGAAUGUCAGUUAAAGACACUGCAGAGGUAGCUGGAUGGAGAGUAUCAUGCAUUAGUGCACGGCAGGAUGUGUGAGUGUUGUCUGUGUCCUUGUGUUUGUGAGGUGUUGUGUUGGAGUGACAAUCUGGACAGACAGUCUUGGGUUUUGAGAGGGAGGGAAGGUAAGGUGACUGUGAAGACAAUAUCAACAACUGAUCUUUCGGUCUGUGCCGUCAUUGGUCACUUCUAAAGUGUAGGUUUAUUAAAAAAAAAACCUGUCAGUUCAUUAAAAUGCUUAUUCCACUUCUGUUGAACGGUUUUCAACACGUUUUGGACUUUUAAAUGAUUUUCUUUUUUUUUAUUUCCUUUCCUUGUUUAAUUUUAUUGAUCGGCUGAUUGUUGUAAAUUGUGUAUAUUUUUUUAAUUGCCUGUGGAGUUUUUUUUCUAUGAUAACAAAAAUGCUACUGUCUUAACUUAUGCAGUUCUGAGUCCCACUUCUGUUUUCUGUACAUAACAAUUGAAAAAAAAAAAAACAUUUUUGCUAUAGCUACCGUUUUUUGUGGUAGUUUUGCGUUCGUUUUAGAUGAAGUGUCAACUUUAAUGGUAUAAUAUUUAGAAGGAAAAAAAA